AUGUCCGCUUCUCCCUCGUCUACCACUGGUGGAGACCAGUCUCAGGGCAUCGACCAGAUUCAUUUCCGCUUCUGUCGCGAAUGCUCCAACCUUCUUUACCCCAAAGAAGAUCGUGCCACGAAUACAUUGAUGUUUUCCUGCCGCACUUGCCAUGUCGGCGAACCCGCCACCUCUCACUGCGUUUACCAGAACAAACUCAACAGCCAAGUAGGCGACACAGCCGGUGUGACUCAGGAUGUUGGAUCUGAUCCUACGCUGCCGAGGUCAAAUAGACUUUGCCCAAGCUGCGGAGAGAACGAGGCGGUGUUCUUUCAGUCACAACAACGGUCAGCGGAGACAGGAAUGAAAUUGUACUACGUUUGCUGUGCAUGCGGAAAGGUGUUCACAUGA